AUUCCAAAAUGGCCGCUCUCGUUCUCGACAGCCAUUGGUCGUUUCUCUCCCGCGAGUCGCCCAUCUACCGUUGUUACCUGCACCCGCGACAGGGGGCGCGAACCUCUCUUUCGAGCGGCUUUUGUUUCUUGGCGCCAGCGGUGGAUUUCGAAUCCCGUCGCUCUCUCGACGCAAAGAUUCGCGCCCGGUCAGGUUCAACGUAUACGCAGAACAAGAUGUCGAGACCGCAAAUGAACUCGAUAAUCUGCAACCAGUGCUUCACCCCGACGUACCGAGGGCAACAUCCGUACCACAUUACGCAGUGCGGCCACAUCUCCUGCCAGAAUUGUCUGCGACAAGUUCAGAACCGAUGUCCGCAAUGCGAGCGUGCCGGCAUCGUCUCGAUAGCGCUGGAGGAGCCGUUGUCGCCGAAGCUGAUGCCGUACUUCCAGCCGUCCGCCGAGCUCCUAGAAACGAUGCUAAAGGUCGACACGUUCAAUAGCACCCAGCUGAAUAUAACGCUGCAGCGCUUCUACGAUCUUGAUAAGAAGUACGAAAUAUUGAAGGCUCGGUAUUGGAUGCAGAUUCAGAACAUGAAAACGUUGCUGCAGAAGUACAAUAUGUUAAAGGCCACGUUGGAGAAGCAAAAGAAGAUACUGCUGAUGGUGAAAAGAGGAUCUCCGCGAUCCGUCCGCGUGACUACGGAGCAGACGCCGUCGGAUUCCGGUAUCUCCGUACCUGCGUCGAGCUCAAAGUUUUCGCUGAACUCGUCGAGACCUGGGAAAUCUUCCAUCAUAACACCCAUGCCCGAAAUGAGGGGGCAAUAUAGAACUGCCGAUGGUUUUUGCAUACCAGUCAGCCAUAAACCAAAUCCGAAGUUCAAUCCUCGAACCAUGUUAUCUUAAAUUAUAGUUGUUUUUUUUUAAAUAAAGGGACACCCUUUAUUUCUAUUUCUGGGUCUACGCGGUCAAGUUGGAAAUCGUGACGUCAGAGACGAGAUAAUGGCACGUUGAGAAAAUUCUUGUAUUAAUAAACAGCAGUAAAGUUGAUACUCAGCUCAGUUGGUGACACAAUACACUUGCAAAAUGUGAUUUGGUUUCGUGUCACGGAUUAAUGGAGCUAUUUAUUAUCUGUCAAGAGAAAAGAAUAGUUCUCAAAUUUAUAAUUGCGGCAAACGAACCGAAGUUUUCUUUUAUCCAAAUAUCGUUUUUAUUUAGAAAUGAGAGACAAGAAUUCGCGGUGCGGCAUAUAAUUGCGGCA